UUCGAACGAGUUUGUCUAUAUAAAAAGCGAAGUCUAUCAAGAGCACAUCAGUUGAUUUGGCAUCACCAUGGCUUCGUUACUAAAAAAUAUUAUUUGUAUAACUUUUACCUUCCUAAUUGCCUAACAAGCAUAAGUAUCUGCCAGGAGGAGAAUCAUCAUUCCUUGACUCUGCAGACAGCCCCUACCGGCAAUCAACCAGCAGUAGGACACAUAUUUGAAUUCCAAGUUCCGAUUCCCAUCAAGCUAAGCUACGGCAAUCAACAAGUUAACAAAAAAAUCAGACCCCUGACAGGAGAGUUAGAAGACCAAAUAGAAAAAAGAAUCAAUGAAAUGAGGACUGAGGGCAAGGACUCUACAUAUGAAGAUUAUGAUGAGCCUUCUCCCGACUUCGCCCUAAAAAGAUUCUGGGGAAAAUGGCGACGAAAAUCAACCACAACUACAACACGUGACCCAUCUACUCCAAUGACAUCAACUACUACAACAAAAUCUCCAACAACAUCCGACGCAAUCCCGACUACCACGACAACAACUACACAAGCACCAACAACAUCUGAUGCGAUUCCAACUACUACAACAACAACAACUCAAGUUCCAACAACCUCCGAUGCAAUUCCGACAACCACAACAACAACAACACAAGCACCAACAACAUCUGAUGCAAUUCCAACUACUACAACAACAAUAACACAAUCCCCAACAACCUCCGAUGCAAUCCCGACUACUACAACAACAACAACACAAGCUCCAACAACAUCCGAUGCGAUUACAACUACUACAACAACAACCACACAAGCUCCAACAACAUCUGAUGCAAUACCAACUACUACAACAACAAUAACACAAGCUCCAACAACAUCCGAUGCAAUCCCGACUACUACAACAACAACAACACAGUCGCCAACAACAUCCGACGCAAUCCCGACUACCACGACAAUUACACAAGCACCAACAACAUCAGAUGCGAUUCCAACUACUACAACAACCACAACUCAAGCUCCAACAACCUCCGAUGCAAUUCCGACAACCACAACAACAACACAAGCACCAACAACAUCUGAUGCGAUUCCGUCAACCACAACAACAACAACACAAGCACCAACAACGUCUGAUGCAAUUCCAACUACUACAACAACCACAACUCAAGCUCCAACAACCUCCGAUGCAAUUCCGACAAUAACAACAACACAAGCACCAACAACAUCUGAUGCAAUUCCAACUACUACAACAACAAUAACACAAUCCCCAACAACAUCCGAUGCAAUUCCGACAACCACAACAACACAAUCUCCAACAACAUCCGAUGCAAUCCCGACUACUACAACAACAACAACACAAGCUCCAACAACAUCUGAUGCGAUUCCAACUACUACAACGACAACAACACAAGCUCCAACAACAUCCGAUGCAGUUCCAACUACUACAACAACAAUAACACAAGCUCCAACAACAUCCGAUGCUAUUCCAACUACUACAACAACAACAACAAAGGCCCCAACAACAUCCGAUGCAAUUCCGACAACCACAACAACACAAUCUCCAACAACAUCCGAAAUCCCGACUACUACAACAACAACAACAACACAGUCGCCAACAACAUCCGACGCAAUCCCGACCACCACGACAACAAUUACACAAGCACCAACAACAUCUGAUGCGAUUCCAACCACUACAACAACCACAACUCAAGCUCCAACAACCUCCGAUGCAAUUCCGACAACCACAACAACAACAAUACAAGCACCAACAACAUCUGAUGCAAUUCCGACAACCACAACAACAAUUCCAACUACUACAACAACAAUAACACAAGCUUCAACAACAUCCGAUGCGAUUCCGACUACUACAACAACAGCAACACAAGCUCCAACAACAUCCACAGCACUUCCAACUUUUAUAACAACAACUACAGAAUUUCCAACGACUUCCACAGCAAUUCCGACUACUAUAACAACACCAAAAGCGUAA